AUCAGUUUCAUAUCAUGAGGCUCCAGCGCGCCUCAGCCUCUUGUAUCACUUGCUCACAGAACUAAGUGAUGAACACUCACCAGGCUGUCAAAAUAUGCAGGCACUGAUGACUCGGCAAUGUCUGGAGUGCAAUCUACAGAGAGCUGAGAACACCAGCGUCAUAGGCCCAGUCAUUUUUCAAACAGCGCCAUACUCUGUGGAGUAAAGUGCAGAGUGUAUAUAGCCUUUCAUUCAUCUAUUGUUCGGACACAGAAAAAACAUUUUUUAGAGACACUUAAUAUGAUGUUAUAGGAAUCAGUCAAACCCAUCCGAGCUCUCUGGCGCUGUUAACACUCAUCAGAAUGCAGUUACUUUUACUUAUAGCUGCGUUUCUCUUUACGCACGACUUCACCGGAGCUGUGCGCUCCGACAAGUGCGCCUCCCGCUGCGACGUGGGCUCGUGUCCGAGCCCCAGCUGUCCUGGCGGGUACGUCCCGGAUAGAUGCAACUGCUGCCUGGUGUGCUCACCGCGCGAGGGAGACCCCUGCGGCCGCAAAAACGACCUGCCCUGCGGGGAUGGAUUGGAGUGCAAGCUGCUCGCUGCGGGGAGGCGGCGGGGCUCCAAGGGGGUCUGCCGGUGUAAGAUGGAGCAUGAAGUGUGUGGAAGCGACGGGAAAACGUACGGUAAUGUGUGUAAGAUGAGAGCAGCCAGCCGUAAAGCUGAGCAGAAGGGGAGAGACGCAGUUAGCCAAGCGCACAAAGGACCAUGUUCACCUUCAAGAGCAGAUCGUCCCCUGGUCCAUCCCAGCAGCCUUCGCUACAAGUUCAACUUCAUUGCUGAUGUAGUGGAGAAAAUAGCACCCGCUGUUGUCCACAUUGAACUGUUCAUAAGACAUCCUCUGUUUGGUCGCCAUGUGCGUCUCUCCAGUGGCUCUGGUUUUAUUGUGACCCACUCAGGUGUGAUUGUGACCAACGCUCACGUGGUAACCACAGCUACCACGGUGACAGGGAGGCCUCAGCUGCGCGUGCAGCUCCAUGACGGCGACGUGUAUGACGCCAUGGUCAGAGAUGUAGACAGAAAGGCAGACAUUGCUACAAUCAAGGUCAAUCCCCAGCAGAAGAAGCUUCCCGUGCUGUCUCUGGGCCGCUCAGCUGAUCUGAGACCAGGGGAGUUUGUGGUUGCUAUUGGCAGCCCCUUCGCUCUGCAGAACACCGUCACCACUGGCAUCAUCAGCACCGCUCAGAGAGAUGGCAAGGAGCUGGGCAUCAAGGACUCAGACAUGGACUACAUCCAGACUGAUGCUAUCAUUAAUUAUGGAAAUUCUGGAGGACCUCUUGUUAACUUGGACGGCGAGGUGAUAGGCAUCAACACUCUGAAAGUGACAGCAGGGAUCUCCUUCGCCAUACCCUCAGACAGAAUCAGCCGUUUCCUCACAGAGUCACAGACCAAACACAGCAAAGAAAAGACAAGACUGCAAAGACGACUCACAGACGAACUACAGUCAGAUGCAGACGCGUCAGAUGUGAAGAGACGCUUCUUGGGCAUCAGGAUGCUUACUGUCACCGAAGGUCUCGUGGCGGAGUUGAAACGUCAGAAUCCAGACUUUCCUGAGGUCAGCGGUGGAGUUUUGGUGCAACAGGUCAUACCUGACACUGCAGCAGAAAAAGGAGGGAUUAAGGAAGGUGAUGUUAUAGUGAAAGUAAAUGGACAACCAGUCCAGACCACUGAAGACAUCCAUGAGGUGUUGCAGCGUGACCAGCCUCUCUUGCUCGAGAUUCGCAGAGGCAAUGAUGACUUACUGUUCAACAUCCACCCUCAAGUUGUGAUACAUUGAAGAACAGGAUAGCUAAUUUGUUUGAAAAAUGUUGGGCAGGACUCAGUACAGUGGCAUUAUGGGAGUUAUUAAAAAAGAAUAUGUGGAAAAAUUAACUGAUGUGAAGUGAUUCCAGAUUUCUGGUACAACAAGGAGAAAAAAGCAUUUGCAGCUUUAACCAGUUUGAUGAUGUAUAUUUUCUUAGAUAGAUUUGCUAAAUAUUUAGGUGUGUUUUUCAUACAGAUUCUAAUAAAUAUGUCAGUUUUAUUGCUAUACUGAAAAUACUGCAGAGGAAAAUAUAUUGCGCUAUAUUUUGUAUGAAGCUCAAAACUUUCAGAAUAAAAGCUCCCAAA